UGGCUCUUUAUCCUCCCCUUUAGGAACCAGGAGGACCUCACUGGUGAAGAAGUACUACAGAAUUAUCUCUGCGUCUGUUCAGUUUGCUGGGUAACUGUGAGGUUCCAGUCUGCUUCCUUGCGCUUUUUGGUGCUAUUCGUUUCUCCUGAAACUACCAGACUCUCCUGAGGACAAGUGUUCACUUUACAGCGUUCAGAGUUGCUUCAGCUUAAAGGAGCAAACUAAGCACAUCAGAAGAGCCAGUGACAAGAUGCAUAUAAGUAAAGCCACCAAUCAGCAGCUAGCUCCCUGUAGUUUAACAAAGGAUACCAAGAAACAAGGAUAAUUAGAUAACAGAAGUAAAUUGGAAAGUUGUUUAAAACCUGGCGUUCUAUCUAAUCAUCCUUUCCGGAUUGAUCUAUCCUGAACUAACUAACUGACCUAACAAUGAGUGAGAAAGAUGGCAAUGCAGACAGCCUUUUUCUGAAGGAAGACUCCACAAAAGGUCUGAGUCCUGAGGUGAACGUCCGCAGCUGGCAACAUGCCGUGAGAAAAAGAGCAUCCCAUGCGGGCAGGCACUGCAAAAAAAUGACCUGGGGUACUUUACGUGGUUUUCUGUGCCGGAAUGCAUUUGUGAUCCUCACUGUUGCUGCUGUAAUUCUGGGUAUCGUCUUGGCUUUCGCUUUGCGACCCUACAAAAUGUCCUAUCGUCAGAUCAAGUACUUCUCUUUUCCAGGAGAGCUUCUUAUGAGGAUGCUUCAGAUGCUUGUUCUUCCCCUCAUUGUGUCCAGCUUGGUAACAGGUAUGGCAUCUCUGGAUAGCAAAGCAUCUGGCAAGAUGGGGCUACGAGCAGUAGUCUACUACACAGUGACCACUUUAAUUGCUGUAUUUAUUGGCAUCAUCAUGGUGAUAAUUAUUCACCCAGGCAAAGGAACCAAAGAGAACCUGCAAUCCCAGGGAAAAAUUGAGAGAGUACAAGCAACUGAUGCAAUCCUGGAUCUAAUUAGGAAUAUGUUCCCUCCCAACUUGGUGGAAGCCUGCUUCAAACAGUACAAAACGCAAUACAGCGUAAAAGUGUUCAAGGUUCCAGUCCCUUCAGAGCUCAACUCUACGGCAGUCACAGAGCAGCCCACAGAAGCCAUCAAUGUCAGUGAUAUAUUCGAAAAUGUGACACGAGCAAUAGGCAGAUUGCAGGAAAUGAUGGACAUCGAGGAGGUGGUACCAGUGCCAGGCUCAGCAAAUGGGGUGAAUGCACUAGGUCUUGUGGUCUUCUCCAUGUGCUUCGGGAUGGUGAUCGGAAAGAUGAAGGAGCAGGGGAGGGCGCUCAGGGAAUUCUUUGACUGCCUCAACGAGGCCAUCAUGAGGCUGGUUGGAGUAAUUAUAUGGUAUGCCCCUGUCGGCAUAAUGUUCUUGAUCUCUGGAAAGAUUCUGGAAAUGGAUGACCUGCUGGUGAUGGGGGGGCAGUUAGGAAUGUACACAAUCACUGUGAUCGUGGGACUCCUCAUACAUGCCCUUGUUGUCCUUCCUCUGUUAUUCUUCAUUGUCACCCGCAGAAACCCUUGGCCAUUCAUUGGUGGUCUCCUCCAAGCUCUCGUCACUGCAUUGGGGACAUCUUCAAGCUCUGCUACUCUUCCUAUUACCUUUAAGUGCUUGGAGGAGAACAAUGGUGUGGAUAAGCGCAUCACUAGAUUUGUGUUGCCCGUGGGAGCCACAAUUAACAUGGAUGGGACAGCACUCUACGAAGCACUAGCUGCCAUCUUUAUAGCGCAAGUUAACAACUAUGAACUAAACUUUGGACAAAUUCUUACCAUAAGCAUCACCGCAACGGCAGCAAGUAUUGGAGCAGCAGGAAUUCCUCAAGCUGGCCUGGUUACCAUGAUGAUUGUCCUAACAUCAGUUGGACUUCCCACAGAGGAUAUUUCACUCAUUAUUGCUGUAGAUUGGUUCCUUGACCGUCUACGAACAACCACAAAUGUCCUUGGAGAUUCUUUAGGAGCUGGCAUAGUGGAACACCUAUCCAGGCAUGAACUGGAGAAACGAGAUGCAGAAAUAGGCAACUCUGUUUUAGAAGACAACGAGAAGCCCUAUCAGCUGAUUUACCCUGAAAAUGAAAUCCAGAAACACACUCACAGUGAGACAUCAAUGUAAGGGGAAUGUCCAACCAUGCUCCUUAGCUGCUGUACAGGGAACAAUGUGUACCUUUAACAGUGUCUCUUUACCACUACAUGUCAACGUCAUCAACCUCCCACUGCAAUGUCUGACCUCAUUGGACACUUAAUGGAAAAUUAAAAACCAUUUUUAAGGAGGAGUUGGAAAGUCCAGUCCUCCAAUUCUAGAGUGAUCUAUGUCAACCCUGGUACAUACACUAGGGUAAGAUACAUUUCUAUGUAGUAUCUAAGAGACAAAGAACAUUAUGUGGAAACAUUGCCAUCCUUCUCAUCCACCGAGGAUCCUCUUGCAGUCAAGGGGUUGAGGUAAUUAGUGGAGUCUAUUUUUUUUAUGGCAGAAGAAGACUUGAUACAAGUUACUUGAAAUUCCUUUUUGAAUGUGAUCUGUUCAUACAUGCUGGGUAAUUAGUAAACAUUUUUGUUCAUCUAUUUUCUGUGAAUUUGGUACAAUGAAACAUUCCAAGUGACAGUAUUUUGGUAAUUUCAUAUGGGUUGUGCAAUGCCAUUCAUUUUGUUAUUUUACAGGCUGGUUAAUGAUAACCAACAAAGAAACAUUGCCUAUAAUAAGCACUUAUAAUCAACAACGUAGGUUGGUCAUUCUCAGCAAGGUUGUGAGACCCAAUAAGCAUUUCAACCCCAUGUCACAUGAUAUUGAGGCUGAGUUUUAAGCAUCAAUAUCAUUGAUUAGGUGGGACAGGAAGAUUUGUAGGGGGGAUGAUCAGCACGGAGACACUACACUUAGGCAUAUGGAAAAUGUACUGUACACAAACUUUAUAUUUGAGAUAUGUUUUUGUUUGUUAUUAUAUAACAUUAGGGGAGUGGUUAUGGUGUUAAGCAACAUAAAUAACAAACAUAAAAACUGAACUCUAACACAAUGAGUUUUGUAGUGUUGCAAAGAAAAAAAUCAUUAGGUUAGGUAAUCAAAAUAGAUAAGAAAUGUAAAUAUACAGUAUAUAAAUAUAUAGUGCUGUCAUUAUUAAAAGGACAUCAAAACUAAAAUACAUUUUACUUUGUUUUCUUAGUAUACUUGUUGAAAAAUUGAUAUGUAGGCUCAGGAAUAUGCACGUAUCUAAAGCACUAUUAUAUGGCAGCAGGUUUUCAAGAAUUAUUUGAACAAUGUUAUACAUGUGCAAAAUCAGGGGAUUAUAGUAAAAACUUCUGCCCUACAGUGCACCAGGUUUGUGCUCUUCAACAAAGAAUACCAUGAUAACGAAAAAAAUUAUAUCAUAGAAGUAAAUUGGAUAAUCAUAUCUAUAAUCACAGCAGAUUUUACCAUGCAUAAUUCAGAUUAAAAUAAUGCUGUUUAUAAAGAUAUUUGCAAGAAAGUGAUGCAAUAAACAGAAUUAAAAAGGCCUGCAUAAAUGUACAGGGAAUUUCAUUUUAAUGUUUAAAACUGUCAAUGAUUGAGAACACAUGCUGCAUUUUGAAACAGGAUUUGAAUAAUUUGUCCAUGAGACCAAUAUAAAGAUUCAAAUGACACUGAAGUCUUUCUCUAGAAUUUAGGUCACCUAGUGCAAAAAUAAGCAAGAGUGUCUUUCAGCAUGCUCAAAACGGCACAGAAGUAGAGUAUACUGUGUAAAUGCAGGCAUUACAUGACUCUUGCUAUGUACUAUUUUAUACACAAGGGGGCAGUCAAGUUGCACAAGUGGAAUGCAAUGAGGCAAAAUAAGCGCCUUCCGCAUGAGUAUAAAUGUUAUUGUAAAAAAAAUAUUUGUACACUUUUUAAUCUUCUUUUAUAUCAUUUUAUUUUAUUGUGCACCAAUAAACAAAUGAGCAAAGUGAACUUGGAUGAAUACAAUUUUAAUCAACGAUAAAAGAAGGUAAAACUCUAGCUAAAUAUUGCUUUAUUAAAGUACUGCAGAAUGCUAAACUCUGCUAAACUGUUUUUGUUGUUCUUUUAUCAGACUCGAUUUCUUUUAUUAUUAUUAAAGUGCGUCAUUUUAGCAAUGUGUUCUUUGUUGGUUAUCCAUACCUGAUGUUAUUGUAGAGUGUAUGGCCUGGGAUAAAUUUGUAUUUGUUGAUGUUAUACUAAUGGUUGUGUGAGCUACUUAUUUAAACAUUUGUAGGGAUAGAAGCAAUUAGGACGUUACAUUUUCAAAAGUGCAUUUUUUUUAAAAUAUCAUUAAAAAAAGUCAUAUGAAUAAAUCAUUUAAAAAUGAUAUUAAACUUGAAUUUUCUUGUGCGUGUACACAGCUUGCGCAUAACUUGCGUCCAUGAGGCAGCUGGUCACACACUGAAUUGUGGGCUGCUUUAAGUUUUGUGUUUUUAUAGUAUGGCUUUACUUGUAACUCAUAAAAUUAUAACUGCUCUACCAUAUUAGGUCAAUUAAAGGGCAGUUUACGCCAAAAAAUUCUCCCCUUUCAUUUGUUCCUUAUUAUCCAUUUUUCUUGCUGGAGUUUAUUAAAUUGUUUACAAAAAAUCCUUCACAUUUAUAUCAGCAUUGGAAAUAGCUGAUUUGUCUGUAGUAUCCCCACCUAUACUGAAAGCUAUGUAAACACAGCCAGCAGAAGAGAUAAAGAGUGGGAGAGAGAAAGCUCUAAAAUGUUCAAUUUCAAUUGUUUUUUCUAAGUAUUGUAUAGACACAGAGAUAAGAAGAUAAGAAAUAGAAGCAUUUGAAUGAUAAGAUAAGGAUGUCUGAUCUCUCUGCAAGCUUAGCCUAUUUUAAUAGUUUGUGGUUUUAAAGAGCAAAUCCAUCUAUUUCCUUCACAAAAAGAAACUUAAAGGAUCAAUAUACUCUGCAGCCGGUAUAACAAGUAAUUGGAAACACAUUAAGAGGAAACCAAUUUUAUAGUACACUGCCCCUUUAAUCUCUUGCAUACAGUGACCCAAAGGGACAAUAAACAAAUGUUGUUGAAUCAAUAUUGGCCAACAAGGCACAUGUACAGAAAAUGUUACUGUCCCUUAAAGGGACAUAGAACUUCAGUCCAAAAAGAAAAUGAUCUAUUAUGUUAGACUGAGCAUCUUAUUAUUGUACUAUUGCUGGCAAAGAGGUUAAAUGCAUAGUUAAAGUCAAAGUCAGAGCACCAAUGCACUACUAGCUAAACACAUCUGGUGAGCCAAUGACAAAAGGCAUAGGUAUGUAGCCACCGUAGUCUACUUAGGUAUGCUUUACAACAACAUACACCAAGAGAACAAAGUAAAUUUUAAUAAUAAGUAAAAUGAAACAUCUAUUAAAACUAUAUGUUCUGUCUGAACCAUGAUGGUUUAAUUUGAUUUUAUCUAAUGUCCAAUCUCACUGUAUAGCAUCACUUGAAAUUGGCAGCCAAUCAGCAGAGUGAUGUAUGGCCUAAACACAAUAGUUUAUAAAGGCCAGGAAGUGCAGGAGUAUUAACAAGGAGACAAUGUUAAAAUGAAUCUGAACAUAGAUUUAAUUAAAAAUGUGUAAAUUUGAUGUACUGUAUUUUCCACUAUAUAAAGAUAAGAUAUAUGAUACUUUUUUUUCUGCAAUUAAUCUUCAAGAGUUAGGAUGUAAAGCCUGAGAUUACAGUACUGUGCUUAAGUAAAGUCACCUGGGCUGUUAUUGGUUAAAUAAAUGCGGUCAACACUACUGAUAGUAAAAUUACUGGAAGUGCAUUGUUGCUAACUUUGAUCACACAUUGUUUACUGUACUGUGGACAUUGUGACUACUUCAUCAAAUACCCCUGUAUAUUCAAUCCACCAUAUUAAAGGAUGUGCUCACCCAGUUCUAAAAUAAUACUGUUAUGAUACCUGGAGCAGCAAGGAGAAGAUAGCUGUUAAUAUGAGCUAUGCUGAGCCCUUCCUAUACAAUUUACCUCAGACUCUCACACACCUCACUUAUUUGUGUACAUAAAAUCUCACCAUGAUUACAAGAGCAUUUUGUUAUAUUAUGUAAUAGAUUACUGUAUAUACUUUAAUGAAUCAAGUACUUCAAAUUUAAGAUACAACUUUUCAAAAAAUGUUAUCUUCUUUUUGUGUUUUGUUGUAUGAUAAUUACCAAUAAAUUAAACUCUUUACAAUCAA